CAGUUCACUAGUAUUUAUACUAAGUACUUCCUUCGCCUUGCUUAGUGCCCAUGAUUCGUCUUUUUCUUUUUCAUUGGUGAAUUGAACUACUCUCCUUGAGAGUUCUGUACAGGUUGAGAUAGACAACCACCACCAUCAUGCCUUUUCCCUUUUCGUCCGCUCUUCUCGGCUAUAUCCUAACUACAAGCACUACUCUCACCUCCCUAGUCGCAGGACAAUAUUUCCCUCCGACGCCUGAGGAUCUCACCGUUAUUCAUUCGGAGAUAUUCCCUGGUGCGAAGAUCUCCUAUAAACAACCCCUCGGCAUCUGCACCACCACCCCUUCCACCCCCAGCUACUCCGGCUACAUCCACCUCCCCCCACACACCCUCACCAAUCUCUCCAUUCCAGGAAUCAGCAUCUCGCAACCAUACCCUAUCAAUACCUUUUUCUGGUACUUUCCUGCCCGCCAUCACCACAACAAUGAUACAUCCCCACUCACUAUCUGGAUGAACGGCGGGCCCGGCGGAUCCUCCAUGAUUGGGCUAUUCCAAGAGAACGGGCCAUGUACGGUGAAUACGGACUCGAAUUCCACGGCCUAUAAUCCCUGGUCAUGGAAUGAGUACGUCGAUAUGUUGUAUAUUGAGCAGCCGGUGCAGACGGGGUUUAGUUAUGAUGUUUUGAGGAAUGGGACGGUGGAUUUGGUUAGUGGGGAGAUAGAUGUUAGUAUCAGUGAUGGUGAGUGGGAUGGAGUAGGACAGAAUGAGACGUUUUUGGUAGGGACGUUGCCGAGUCAGGAUGUGCAUGGGACGGUGAAUGGGACGGUUAAUGGGGGGAGGGCGCUUUGGGUUGCGUUGCAGGUUUGGUUGGGUGAAUUUUCAGAAUAUGUUUCUUCUGUUGAGGGGAAUGGUGGUGGUGAUGACAGGGUGAGUAUAUGGACGGAGUCAUAUGGAGGACGGUAUGGACCGGCAUACACGGCGCUCUUUCAGGAGAUGAAUGAGAGGAUCGAGAGUGGGGAGGUAAGUACCGGGAAGAAGAUCCAUUUGGAUACGUUGGGCAUUAUCAAUGGGUGUGUGGAUUUACUCGUGCAGGUCCCUUCGUUCCCUGAGCAGGCGUAUAACAAUACGUAUGGGAUCGAGGGGAUCAAUCGCACGCUCUACGACCGGGCUAUGGAUAGUUGGAGCAAGCCUGGCGGAUGCAGGGAUUUGAUCAUCGAGUGUCGCGAUGCUGGCGAGCUCGGAGAUCCCCUCAUGUACGGCGACAAUGAGACAGUGAAUAGCAUCUGCGAGGAGGCGUCGGACUACUGUUCGCGGGAGAUCAAGAGCCUGUAUACGAAUACCUCCGGGCGAGGAUACUACGACAUAGCGCAUUUCACGCCGGAUGCAGCUCUCGUGCCUUACUUCGUUGGGUUCUUAAAUCGCCCGUGGGUGCAAAAAGCACUUGGGGUCCCGGUGAACUAUACCAUGUCGUCAGAGGCAGUGGGGAACAGUUUCGCCUCGACGGGCGAUUAUCCGCGAAAUGAUCCCCGCGGAAUGAUCGGGGAUAUUGGAUACUUGCUUGACUCCGGUGUCAAGGUGGCUAUGGUAUAUGGGGACCGGGACUAUGCUUGUCCGUGGCGCGGCGGGGAAGAUGUCAGCCUGCUGGUGGAGUAUGAGGAUGCGGAGAAGUUCCGUGCUGCUGGAUAUGCCGAAGUGCAGACGAAGUCAUCCUACGUUGGGGGACUAGUAAGGCAGUAUGGGAACUUCUCGUUCACGCGUGUCUUUCAGGCGGGCCAUGAGGUGCCGUUUUAUCAGCCCGAAACGGCGUAUGAGAUUUUUAAUCGCGCUCAGUUUAAUUGGGAUAUUGCGACGGGAGGCAUUUCCCUGGAGCAGAAUCAGAGCUAUGGGACGGAGGGACCGUCGUCAACGUGGCAUAUUAAGAAUAAAGUGCCGGAGAGCCCUGAGCCCACGUGCUAUUUGUUGGCGAUGGAUUCAACUUGUACGGAUGAGCAGAGGGAACGGGUGCUGAGUGGGGAUGCGGUGGUGAGGGAUUGGGUUGUCGUUGAUGACAUUGAGGCUGAGCUGAGGGCUCGUUCAGCGGUGUUGGUGAUCAGCUGGCACAGGUCCCUUUGGGACAUUGACGUUGGUUGCCGUAUGUUGACAGUGUUGGUGGAUGAAAGUGAUAUAGAUGGAUAAAGUUAGUGCAUAAGUGCAUAGCUGACUAAGUGUGAGCAUCAUUCAUAUAUGGAUAAGUCUGGCUAGCUCGAUCCGGCAAGUGGCCGGCUGACUGCCUAAAGUGGAAGACUGGAAGCCUUCAGAUUUCCAUCAGUCCAUCUCAAUAUCUCCAUCUGGCUUGUCAAACUCCUAUAUCCACCGGCCGGACCCUUCUAUUAUUAACAGCGCCGCUAUCACCCGGACAAUCCAUAUGGCAUCACGGGGUUGACCCCUCCAUCGCGGCCAUCGAACCUUCUCGAACCUUCUAUUGGUCGACCGCUGCGGUCAACGUCACACGUCACCGCAGGCUCACCUGAAAGCCGCCGGCGUUGCACUAUACAUCAGCCCUCGUCCUCACACCUGGCUUUCUCCGCUAAUCCUCCAAGUACACCAUUCACUGUGCCUUGAUGUCUUGAAUCAACAUCUAUAAAAACUGCAUUAUCUCCCGUUCGAUAUAGCCUCUGAUCGGAUCGCG